AUGAGGGUUCUCCCUCUUUUGCCCUUUUUCCUCAUUCCUGUGAUUCUGGCAACCACUAUCACAGAUCUUCCGGAACUCGUUGUGGUCACUGUUGCAACUGAAAAUACGGAUGGUUUGAAGAGAUUGCUGGAAUCCGCCAAGGCAUUUGAUAUCAAAAUUGAAGUUUUGGCACUUGGAGAGAAAUGGAAUGGAGGUGACACUAGAGUUGAACAGGGUGGAGGUCAAAAGAUCCGAAUCUUGUCAGAAUGGAUUGAGAAAUACAAGGAUGCUUCUGACACAAUGAUCAUGUUUGUUGAUGCAUAUGAUGUGGUUUUCAAUGCUGACGCCACUACAAUUCUCCGUAAAUUCUUCGAACACUACUCAGAAAAACGACUUCUUUUUGGAGCUGAACCUUUCUGUUGGCCAGAUCAAACUUUGGCGCCAGAUUAUCCAAUCGUAGAAUUUGGAAAACGAUUCUUGAAUUCUGGUUUAUUCAUGGGUUACGGACCAGAGGUCUAUAAGAUUUUGAAGUUGAAACCAGUAGAGGAUAAGGAUGACGAUCAAUUGUACUACACUAUGAUUUAUUUGGAUGACAAGUUGAGAAAAGAACUAAAAAUGGACCUUGAUUCGAUGUCGAAAAUCUUCCAAAACCUUAACGGAGUCAUUGAAGACGUCGAGCUGCAAUUCAAGGAUGAUGGAACUCCAGAGGCAUACAACGCAGCGUAUAACACUAAACCAUUGAUCAUUCACGGCAAUGGACCGAGUAAAUCUCAUCUGAAUUACCUUGGAAACUAUCUUGGAAACCGAUGGAAUUCCGAGCUUGGAUGCAGAAAUUGUGGACAAGAAGAAGAAAAAGAGACGGCGGAUGACGACCUUCCAGUGAUCGCAUUGAAUCUUUUCAUCUCAAAACCAAUUCCAUUCAUCGAAGAAGUGCUUCAGAAAGUUUCUGAAUUUGACUAUCCGAAGAACAAGAUUGCUUUGUAUAUUUAUAAUAAUCAGCCAUUCUCCAUCAAGAAUAUUCAAGAUUUCUUGAAAGAACAUGGAAAAUCGUAUUAUACCAAGAGAGUUAUCAAUGGAGUCACAGAGAUUGGAGAACGAGAAGCGAGAAAUGAAGCAAUUGAAUGGGACAAACAACGAAACGUUGAGUACGGUUUCUUCAUGGAUGCUGAUGCAUAUUUCACUGAUUCGAAGAUUGUCAAGGAUCUCGUUCAUCACUCUAAAACUUAUGAUGUAGGAAUAAUCGCUCCAAUGGUCGGCCAACCUGGAAAGCUUUUCACCAAUUUCUGGGGAGCAAUCGCAGCAAAUGGAUACUACGCAAGAAGUGAAGAUUAUAUGGCAAUUGUCAAGGGAAAUCGAGUUGGAUAUUGGAAUGUCCCAUUCAUCACCUCUGCUGUCCUUCUCAAUAAGGAAAAACUAAUAGCAAUGAAAGACUCGUUCAGCUAUAACAAGAACCUGGAUCCUGAUAUGUCAAUGUGUCAAUUUGCUAGAGAUCACGGUCACUUUAUGUACAUCGACAAUGAGAAAUCAUAUGGAUACUUGAUUGUCAGUGAUGAGUUCUCUGAAACUGUUACUCAAGGAAAAUGGCAUCCGGAGAUGUGGCAAAUCUUUGAGAAUCGAGAACUCUGGGAAGCCCGUUAUAUUCAUCCGGGAUACCAUAAAAUCAUGGAACCAGAUCACAUAGUUGAUCAAGCAUGUCCAGAUGUCUAUGAUUAUCCAUUGAUGUCUGAAAGAUUCUGUGCGGAAUUGAUUGAAGAAAUGGAAGGAUUCGGUAGAUGGAGUGAUGGUUCCAAUAAUGACAAAAGACUUGCCGGAGGGUAUGAAAACGUGCCAACCCGUGAUAUUCAUAUGAAUCAAGUUGGAUUCGAAAGACAAUGGUUGUACUUUUUGGACACUUAUGUCAGACCGGUUCAAGAAAAAACGUUCAUUGGAUAUUACCAUCAACCAGUCGAGUCCAACAUGAUGUUCGUCGUUCGUUACAAGCCAGAAGAGCAAGCUUCCCUUCGCCCGCAUCACGAUGCCAGUACUUUCAGUAUUGAUAUUGCAUUGAAUAAGAAAGGAAGAGAUUAUGAGGGCGGAGGAGUGAGAUACAUUCGUUAUAACUGUACAGUUCAGGCUGAUGAAGUUGGUUAUGCUAUGAUGUUCCCCGGAAGAUUGACACAUAUGCAUGAGGGUCUGGCUACCACGAAAGGUACCAGAUACAUCAUGGUGUCAUUUAUUAACCCAUAA